AAGGCAGCUCGGAGGCUUGAACACAACAAAGCAACGAAGCGAUUCCUGCCGAAAUGCGAAAUCGUUCAAUGUGGGAACGGAGUACAUUGAAUCCUUAACGACCCCGGACAUCCUUUUCACACCCAACUGAGUCUCCCUCCGCCACGGACCCGACCACGGUCCCCCCACGGUCGCUCUCCCAUUCAUCUACGACACCUCGCAAACAAAGAUGUCUGCACUCUGUGCGUUCUUAUUCUAAAAACGUUUUCAGAAGGAUUGGAAAGCGAGAACCAUGUCGUCUCCGCGCAGAGAUCACGGUCGGAGCCAUCGUCGAGGAGACAACCAGAGCGAGGAUUUCGCCGCCUACAAGCGCCGGCUGCGGGAGGAGAUCAGCGAAACCGGUGUUCCUGGUAUUUGGUCAUCAUCUCCCGAUGAACCAUCGUCGUCGGAGGAUCCGGACGAGGACUCACAUCGCAAGAAAGACAAAUCUGGCAAAGAGAAGUCCUCGCGGAAGAAGAAACACCACAAGAAGAAGCGUUCAAAGAAAUCGAAAAAGACUAAGCACAGGAAACGGGAUCGGUCCGAUUCCGAGAGCGAAGAGGACACAGGUGACGAUGCCCGAGGCGUCAAACGAAGCAGAAAGCGAGAGAAGCAGAAGAAAACAAAACGUGACCGUAGUUCCGACGAUGAUAUCGACGAAGUGACAGCCGAAGAGACUUCCGUGAAACGAAGCUCAUCGAAGAAGUCCAAAAAGGCAAAGAAGUCGAAGAAAGCAAAGAGCAAGAAGAAGUCACGCAGGAGUACAUCGUCUUCCGAUGAAUCAUCGUCGGACAGCGAAUGGGAAGAAGCUGAGAAGCCUCCGGCACCGAAACCGCUGGUACUGGAUAAAGAACAGCUAGAUUGGAUUGAGGAGACGCGCAAGAAGCAGAGCAACAACCGCCUCAUGGAGGCCGAGGACGACGACGAAAUCGGACCCCUUCCCCACAGAGUACUCCUAACUCAAAAAGAGAUGGGAAAAGCUUUGCUUCCCGGAGAGGGCGCUGCGAUGGCGGCGUUCAUCGCCGAAGGCAAACGCAUACCUCGAAGAGGUGAGAUCGGUCUCACGUCGGAUGAAAUCGAUCAGUUCGAGAACGUGGGCUACGUAAUGUCCGGAUCUCGACAUCGGAGGAUGGAAGCCGUUCGUCUGCGGAAAGAAUCGCAAUUGUAUUCAGCGGACGAGAAACGAGCUCUAGCAAUGUUCAACAAGGAGGAGCGCCAGAAGAGGGAAUCUACCAUCCUAAAUCAAUUCAAACAAGUAAUUGAGUCGAAGCUCAGCAAGUGAAUCGCCAGCUGAGAUGUAAAAAUCAUUCAGAUACAUAAUGUGUAAAAUGUAAAUACAAUAUAUUGGGUUCGUAUGCUUUCGCAAGAAAAUGAA